AUGCUCCGACAGAUAUGGCUGCAACCAGCGGAAACCAAUGUCUGGGAAAGAGAGACUAGACAAGCUGUUCAGCUUGCUGGUGAGAAAUGGGAGAUGUUAUCACCAGAGCUGUUUGACAUCAUAACAGAACAGUAUCAAGUGUUUGCUGUAGAAGACAGUGAGUUAACGCAGACUUCUUCAGUAGCUCACGAUAUCCUCACGGGAGACUCAAAGCCAAGUCGGCAUAAAACAAGGCCGGUACCCAACCGUGCCUGCGACGAACUAAAGAUAUUUUAA